AUGGACACUUACGCAUUGAAGGCAGUGACGGACUUACCUGCUCCAUUUCGCUCUGCUUUUAGUUUCAGGUAUUUCAACUCGUUGCAGAGCGAAUGUUUUCCUACAUGCUACCUUUUCGAUGUGAACAUGGUCAUUUCAGCACCAACUGGAAGUGGAAAAACAGUACUUUUUGAGUUAUGCAUUAUGAGGCUUCUCUCCAAGUCCAUCAAUGGUGAUGGGAAAUUCACCAACCUUAAGGGGACCCUUAAAACAAUCUACAUAGCACCAUCAAAGGCAUUGGUACAAGAGAAGCUGCGGGAUUGGACUCAGAAACUUGGACCACUGGGAAUACAUUGCCUCGAGUUAACGGGUGAUAAUGAGUACUAUAGCAUAAAAAAUAUACAGGAUGCUGACAUUAUUCUUACCACACCCGAGAAAUUUGAUGCUGUGACUCGUUAUCGUAUAAAAGAUGGAGGUUUGAGUUUUUUCAGCGAUAUAGCACUUGUGCUUAUUGAUGAAGUUCAUUUGCUGAACGACCCUCGAGGAGCAGCUCUAGAAGCAAUAGUCAGCAGAAUUAAAAUGAUUGCUCGCAGCCCUGAAAUGAAAUCAAGUUCUUUAUCCCUUAUUCGAUUCUUAGCUGUUUCUGCUACAAUUCCAAAUAUCAAUGACCUUGCGGAGUGGCUUAUGGUUCCUACUCAGGGAAUUAAAAGGUUUGGAGAAGAAAUGAGACCAGUAAAGCUGACUACCAAAGUUUUUGGAUACGCAGCAGCUAAAAAUGAUUUCUUAUUUGAAAAGCGUCUUCAAAACUACAUUUAUGAUCUUCUCAUGCAAUUUUCUGGAGGAAAAUCUGCCUUGAUCUUUUGUUCCACCAGAAAAGGAGCACAAGAAGCUGCACAACGACUCUCCCAGAUAGCAAUGACUUUUGGCCAUUCAAGUCCUUUCAUCAAAAGCAGAGAACAACAGGAAAGAUUAAGGGAAGCCUCAUUGUCAUGUAGUGACAAACAAAUGCAGUCUUACAUACUUUAUGGUGUUGGAUAUCAUAAUGGUGGACUUUCUUUGAAAGAUCGGAAUCUCAUUGAAGGACUUUUUCUGAAUGGCGAUCUUCAAAUUUUGUGCACCACCAAUACUCUGGCCCAUGGAAUAAAUCUACCGGCACAUACUGUUGUCAUCAAAUCCACACAAUAUUUGUAUGUCCUCUAUCUUUUUCUUAGCAUUUCUUUUAAACCUAUUAUAGGUAUCAAGGGUGAGAGGCAGUUCAUCCAGAUUUUCUUAAUGUGUGGAAGAGCAGGCCGCCCCCCGUUUGAUGACACGGGAAUGGUCAUAAUAAUGACAAGAAAAGAAACAGUCCAUCUGUAUGAGAAUUUAUUAAAUGGGUGCGAAAUGGUGGAAUCACAGUUGCUACCAUGUAUGACAGAGCAUCUUACGGCAGAGAUAGUACAAUCAACAGUCUCAGAUAUCACAAGGGCCAUUGAAUGGAUGAAAUGCUCAUACUUAUACGUCAGAAUGAAAAAGAAUCCUCAGAACUAUUCAAUUUCAAAAGGGCUGACUGGUAAUCAAAUAGAAAGGCACUUACAAGAUAUCUGUGUUCAGAAAGUCAAUGAGCUGUCACAGUAUCAGAUGGUCUGGACUGAUGAAGAUGGUUUCCUCCUGAAGCCACUUGAGCCUGGAAGGUUGAUGACAAAGUAUUACCUGAAGUUCGAUACAAUGAAGCACAUUAUACAGGCCCCGGCAAACUGCACCAUUGAAGAUGCUCUUCACAUUAUAUGCCGGGCAGAAGAAAUCUCAUGGAUACAACUGAGGCGGAAUGAGAAGAAGCUCCUAAAUGACAUAAACAAUGAGAAAGAUGGUCGACUUCGCUUCCACAUCCUUGACGAUAAAGGAAAGCGGAAAAAGCGCAUCCAAACCAGAGAAGAGAAGAUAUUUAUUCUGGUGAAUGAUUGCUUGACUGGCGACCCUUUAGUGCGGGACCUAUCCAUGAGCCAGGACAUGAACUCUAUAUGCUCAAAUGGGUCUAGAAUUGCGAAGUGCAUGAAAGAGUACUUUAUUUACAAGAAAAGCUAUCGAGGAGCUUUGAAUUCAACACUGCUUGCCAAAUGCUUGCAUCAGAAGUUAUGGGAUGACAGUCCUUACUUGCUGAAGCAAUUACCUGGAGUUGGAAUGGUGACUGCAAAGGCACUGCAUUCGAUGGGAGUAAUGUCAUUUGAUACCCUCUUAGAAGCUGAUUCAAGAAAGAUAGAGCUGGUGACUGGUCGAAAGUAUCCAUUUGGGAACCACAUCAAGGAUUCUUUGUUGUCUCUACCCCCGAAAAUUGAGAUGGUUCUUGAGGAAACCGAGGGACAAAGGAUGGGAAAGUCGAAGCUUCUGAUAACUCUAACUAGGCUAUCACAGCCGGUUCAAUCAAAUAAGAGACACUAUGCUGAUAUGAUUGUUGGUGUUGAAGAUGAUAACCUCAUUCUAUUCUAUGAAAAAAUAAGAUUGGAGGACUUCUCAAGUCCUUACUGUGCUACGGUGUUAUAUUCAAGUCCUCGGCAAGGAAAGCUGACAAUUAAAGCGGAUCUAAUACAUGAAGAAUUCAUUGGCAUUGAUCUCCAUCAAAAGGUUAUUAUCACGCCACCGUUAGACAUAAAACUCACCAACAAACAUAGACCGAAGGAUCUCACCCCAUUUUACCCCAAGGAUGUUCACACCUUAGAAGACGAUGACGAUCAUGCCUCUGCUGCUUCUAAUAAAUUGAUAGAGAACUCAAUUUCCAUGCCCAGCUUCAAGCUUAUUGAUGAAGAUACGGAAGAUGACAUGUUGGUUGAUGAAACUGAGAUUGAUGACUGUAAAAUUAUAACGGAAAGGACUGUGUUCGACCAUAUUCGAACAAAGGCAAAGAGUUUGCCUGUUUUGCCAAUCUCCAGUGACACACCUUCGCCAUCUCUAGAAGCCUUCACACUUAUCAGAAAACGCACUCGCGAGAGACAUCAUGAACUGGAUAAUGACAUCGAGGUUUCAGGACUACAGAAGGGAAGUAAAAUUUCACGAAAUUCUCAGUAUUUUGAACUUACCGAACCACAGCAGGACGUGAACUUCAAUUUUUCGCCAGACAACCUCUUUGACCUAUUCAAAGACACAGAUUUUUGGAAUGUAGAAGACAAACGAGCGACUGAACAUCAGAAUAUUGAGUCUGGAGCACUUGCUCCUCAAGAAACAAGUCUUCAAAAUGAUGAGGUUCCUGGUACCUGUGUAUCAAUGAAAAAAGAUGAAAUUCAACUCCCUGUAAUCUCUGGUCAAAGCGAUGCGAUCAAACUGCUGUCCCCAAGUUUAGGAGAAAGACAGCUUUGCUCACUGGCAAUCCCCGGAGAAGCUAAGAGACACAACUCAUCGCUUGGGUUUCAGAGCAUAUUUUCUUUUCUGGGUGGGGUAGGGAGACGAUCGCGUUGGGAAAACUCCCUCCUCAGCCGUUUUUAUGCUGCUACGGUUUCCCAAAUCGCGCUUGUCGAUCGGCCCCCGACUCCUGGCCUCUUUGGACUGGAAGAGGUCGGCCCCUUGAGGGGAUCUCAACGCUGA